CUUCAGGAUCCUGAAAGCUUUCACUCUGCUUCCUGAAGACCUGAACACGGUUCCCAUAAAGCCAUGGCUGGUCUUGGAGUCCAGAGGUGCAAGGCUCAACUGCAGCUGGCUUCUAGGACUUGGCCCUUUGAAGCCCUGCUUGCUUUUCUUUUCAUCCCGACCGUCUCCAAAGGCAUACAUGUGACCCAACCUUCAGUGGCAUUGGCCAGCAGCCAUGGUAUCGCCAGCUUUCCGUGUGAAUAUACGUCUUCACACAACACUGAUGAGGUCCGGGUGACAGUGCUGCGGCAGACAAAUGGCCAGAUGACUGAGGUCUGUGCCACGACAUUCACACUGAAGAAUACAUUGGGCUUCCUAGAUGAUCCCUUCUGUAGUGGUACCAUCAAUGAAAGCAGGGUGAACCUCACCAUCCAAGGACUGAGAGCUGCUGACACUGGACUGUACUUCUGCAAGGUGGAACUCAUGUACCCACCGCCAUACUUUGUGGGCAUGGGCAACGGGACCCAAAUUUAUGUCAUUGAACCAGAACCAUGUCCAGAUUCCGACGUCCUCCUUUGGAUCCUUGCUGCAGUUAGUUCAGGGUUGUUUUUUUACAGUUUCCUGAUCACUGCUGUUUCUUUGAGCAAAAUGCUAAAGAAAAGAAGCCCGCUUACAACAGGGGUCUAUGUGAAGAUGCCUCCAACAGAGCCAGAAUGUGAAAAGCAAUUUCAGCCUUAUUUUAUUCCUAUCAACUGAAAGACCAUUUGUGAAGAAGAAAGGCCACACUUCAAUCUCUAAAAGCUCAGGCAAUUUUGACUUUCUUCUGCUCUCCAGCUAUUUUUACUCUUUGGUUUAUUUUAAGGAGAGUGUGCAUCUCCUUAAUAUGAAGCUGGAUGCAAAAUUCAAAUUAAACAUACUACAAUUUAAAGCAAAGAACCAAGAACAGAGAGCUGGGAUACUGCUGUUAUGUCAGAACAAUUUUAAUGAAAGCGUCACUUGGAAGCACCAUAAGAAUAUAGCAUUAUGAUGUGGGGUCAAGGAAAUGUUAAGAA